GAUGACGUGGAAUAUUUACAUGUUGAAGAAAGUUGAGUUUUGAAGUUGUUCACUUGAAAAUGAUUGAAUGAAUUGAGAGGGAUAAAUAUGCGUGUCAAAACUGCUGAGGACAUAUUGCGGUUUUUCCAGAACUUCAGGAUGACGAUUGCUUACGGGUUGAUCUUCAUUUCUCAAAGUCUGACAAUAUUGAAUUGCUAUGUUUAUGUCUUUUUUGUAGGUUUUGAUAUGGUCUUCCUGUUGGUAGUUGAUACUCUUAAUUGAAAUUGCUUUUAUAUCAUGCAGUUCUGGAGCAUCAGAUAAUAUGUAUUUUUCACCGUGCUUAAGUGUUAUAAUGAUUGAUAGUUAAAUAAGGUUUAUGUUUUGGCACUAUUUCCCUUUCCUUUCUUCCUUUUUUCAGUUCUUUUUUCUUUUUACGGAGAAUUGAACUUAAAACACACACCCUGAUCCAACCCACUCUCUUACCACCGUGGUGCUUUUAUAGUUUAGCUUAAGAUAAGAUGUUCAAGAAUGCAGUUUCUCAUUGCCAAAUUUAUGAGCUGAAUGAGUUAUAUGAUAUUAGACUGUGGCCAUGUUUGAGAAAAAGGUGGAGGGGAUGUGUCCUAACGAGGUAACAUUUGUUGCUGUUCUGACUUCUCACAGUUUGAGCUCAUUCCAACCUCAUGGAGUUGGGACUAGAGUUUUUUUUAAAUCAAUGUCAUUAUGUGGGAUAAUGGCCAUUGAUGGAGCACAAUUGGUAUGUAGUUGAUUUAUUGGGCAGAAUAGACUCUCUGAAUGUGGUAACCAAGUUUCAAACAUUUUUGGGCAUUGUAUUGCUGACAUGAGAUGAAUAGUAGAAACUGGGUCUGGGAUCAAGAAAAAUCACCUUAUUGGUUUUGUGUUAAUGUUGUUUGGUUCAACAUUCUAAUUUACUACAUGAAAUCUGCAAUUAAGUUAUACAGACAGUGGAAUACUGUAAAAGAUUGGUGCAUUGUAGAAUAUUUAAGGUUGUGAAUCAAAUUUUACGGGAGGUAGUGUUUGUUGAAUUUCCGGAGAAUUUAUUUUUGAAUUACUUGUGUCUGAAAAUCAAAUUGCAAUAGUUCAUUGGUAAGGAACUAGCUAAAUGAAAUUGAUGGAUAUGUGCAUGCUGCAAUCAGUUUUGAGAAACAGUAUUCUGUCACAUUUAACCCCAAUUUACUCUGCCUUGUAACAUGAAUGUGCCGACUUUCAGCUUGCAUGCAUAAUUUUUUAAUAUAUUUUAGUGGGUGGAAGAGGAGUUAAUAAGUAGAUAUGACACCCAGGUUGAUUGAUUUUUUUCUGAUAGUUGCUAACUAGAUAAAUAAAUCUGAAGUUCCUUU